AUGGAUAAGUUAGUUUUCUUUUUAGGAAAAUGGAAGGGCAAAGGAGUCGUACUAGAAAAAGGAGUAUAGUACUUGGAAGAGUCGACCUAUAUUUAGCUCAGAAGUUCACCAGCAAUUGUCAUUAAUGCUUAGCAAUUCACUAAGCAUGCAGAGACUGGUGCACCACUUCAUGCUGAAAAUGGUUUCAUCAAGAUCCUGCCGUUAAUGGAUGGAGUAGCCAGAGUAGAAGCAAGUUUCUCUCAUCCAUUCAGUUUGAAUGAAUUUGAAUUCGGAACUUUUGGAGAUAAUACUUUGACAAUUGAAGCUUCAUUACCUGAGCAUUUCUAGAGAGGAAAAACUGCAAAGGGAAAAUAAACAACAGGUUUAAAGAGAGAGUAUUGGCUGAAUGAAAAUGGAAAUCUUUGUUACAGGAUUCAUUUAGCAGUUGAUGGAGGAGAGCUCAUUCCUCAUUUAGAAUGUGAGAUGGAGAAAUAAGAGUGA